GAUCAUCGCUGGUCGAAACCGCCGUCGUAUGUCACGGACUCCCACGCGUGGCGGCUCACUUCUGAUAGUGCUGGCAAGUUGGGCAUUGCCUUCGGUGAGUGGGUUGGCAAGGUGGAAGAGUUCUUCAGCCACCUGCUCGACGGUGAGGGUCUGGACAAAGACAGCAAGGAGAAAACAGCUUGGCGCAGGAAGCUGCGGCAGCUCAACACCGCCACGAACGACACCAUCAGGCGCUACAAGGACGAGAGCAGCAAGAUUGCGGCCAGCUUGCAGCGGAUGGAAUGUUAUUCUCAGUACCUGGCUUUCUCUCAAUGGGCGGAGGAGCAGUACGUGGCGGCACCUGGGAAGCUGUUCAGAUUGAUCAAGGACAAGGCCACUUCGAAGGACGAGUUCGAGGAAGGCCAGGUGAUAUCGUCGGACCCCCUCACGGCGAUGGAUAUUCGGGCUAAGGUGUGGAAGAAGAAGUGGAGCGACCAGCAGCUGGACAUCGGCCAGGGCAUUGAGCAGUUGGGGAAGAAGGACCUCAUCUGGCUGCCCGAGCAAGGUAAGCAGGAGCUGGUCCAGCUUUUUCAACUUAUCGAGCAGUCAGUGGCAUGGCCUUGGCAACUUACGGUGGUUCUGGUCACUCUCCUACGCAAGCCGAGCGGUGACGACAGGGCCAUUGGGACAUUAUCGACUUUGGCGAGGCUCUGGUCGAGUUGUCGAGGCGAGUACCGUGCCAGCUGGACUAAGGCAAAGGCUGGGCAUUGGGAUGCAGCAGUGGCAGGUUCCUCAGCCCUGCGUGAGGCCUUAGCUCGCAGUUACCUGGACGAGACGGUCGCGCUCACCACGAUUAAGGAUUGGGUGCAGGCCAGCGUGCUGUGGGACAUUGAGGGGUUUUAUGACGCUCUUAAAUGGCAGCUCUUACUGGAGACGGGCAUGGAGCACGAAUUUCCACCGUGCAUCUUGGCUUUGGAGAUGAUUUUACACAUGGGGGUGCGUUUCCUCCGCGACAGUGGUUAUUACUCUGAUGCCAUCGUACCCGAGCAGAGCAUGAUCGCUGGACUUGGCGGCGCAGUGGAUUUCUCUCGCUGUUCUUUGUACAACAUCUUGGACAGAGUG